AUGACUGUCGUAGAUGCGCCGGAGAGCGCGGCUGGUCCUAUGGUCACGUAUAAUGGGGUGAUGUACUUUAAAGGUACCCUCGACAUACCCGCCGAAGCCCGUGCGACCGCCAACUUUGAAGGUGAAGGCGAAUUGACGUUUACAUGCGAGGGCACGUGGGGCAAAGACGGCCACGCUAAAGCGGUCGGAGAGUGGAAGGUCGUUCCGGGUAGUGCGACUGGUGCAUUUGCUGGGCUGAAAGAUGGGGUGUUGGUCGGUGGAGGUUGGACUUGGUGCCUUGGUCCAGCUGACAGAUUUGCCACACCUUCUACCACCUCGUCAUAUCGAUUGAACAACUCGCUUGCUUUAUUAGUAAUGUUUCGACGGGGAAAUGAAUGGGAUUGGGUACCUGGAUUGGUCAGCAGUCCUUCGUACUACUUGUGGCUUCCUUUCCGCCCCAAAUAUCAUCCGAAAGCUCUUAUAUUGACACCUCUUUUAUUAGAAAUUGAAGCAUCAUUCGACUGUGACACUUGGGACGAAAAGGAUGUACCAAAGCUCGAAGGCCAAACGCUGCGCAUCACGCGUACGCGCACGGAGCGCACGUUUAAAGGCGGGAUGAAGGGAAAGGGGGUCGCAGAGUAUACGUUCAUCUACCAUCCUACGAAAGAGGAAGCCAAUAGUGGUGCGUGCCGUCCCUAG